UCUUGAACUUGAAUGAACUUUCGCUCUAAGCAGUGGUAACUGUUGCUGUCCUUCUGACCACAUUUACAACUUGCCAGACUAGGCAGGGUUAGAGAUGUGCAACAUCUACAUUGUCUGCAGGUGGUGAGGAUUCUGUGACACCCAACAGGUUCCCUGCUAUCUGCAAAAUGAUUAUCUUCAGGAUUAGAAAAGUCCGUCGUGUCAUCGUUCUACUCUGCAUCACUACUAUCGUUGUGUUUUAUACCGGACAGCUGUCCUCCAAUUCGCUUGUGGACUUUGUUAAAAAUGCCCUUCGGCCUCUGGACAGGAUCCUCUCUCCAAAAUAUUGCGCCUGUCUCAAAUGUAUGACACAGCCAGACGAUGACCUCUGGUUCCAGAAGCGCUUCAACACAUCGUUUCAACCCUUUCUGACCAGAAAGUACAAGACACUCUCCAACGAUACAAGAAUGUGGUGGCAGAAAUUGCAGAAAGACCGUAACAUAGCCAACUUUAGCGAGGUGGUGGAGAAGUUGUUCCAGGUCAUCCCUGAUGCUGACCUUUACAUGGACGCGGGCCCUGAGCGCUGUCGGACCUGUGCUGUGGUGGGGAACUCUGGGAACCUCAAGGGCUCCCACUACGGAGCCCUCAUCGACUCCAGUGAUGUCAUCAUAAGAAUGAACAAGGCUCGUACCUCUGGCUAUGAGCGGGAUGUUGGCAGCCGCACCACACAUCACAUCAUAUACCCAGAGAGUGCCAUAGAUCUGGACAACACCACUAGUCUCUUGUUUUUCCCUUUCAAGACUCUGGACCUUCAGUGGCUACCCGGUGCCAUUACCACUGGGUCUCACAUCACCUUCUCAUAUUUACGUCUUAGACCGAAGAUAAAGGCCAACAAAGAUUUGGUCCUGGAGUGGCCUAGCCAGUCUCCAGAUCUCAACCCCAUAGAAAAUCUUUGGAGGGAGUUGAAAGUCCGUGUUGCCCAGCAACAGCCCCAAAACAUCACUGCUCUAGAGGAGAUCUGCAUAGCGGAAUGGGACAAAAUACCAGCAACAGUGUGUGAAAACGUUUUACCUCUGUCAUUGCCAACAAAGGGUAUAUAACAAAGUAUUGAGAUAAACUUUUGUUAUUGACCAAAUACUUAUUUUCCACCAUAAUUUGCAAAUAAAUUCAUAAAAAAUCCUACAAUGUGAUUUUCUGGAUUUCUUUUUCUCAUUUUGUCUGUCAUAGUUGAAGUGUACCUAUGAUGAAAAUUACAGGCCUCUCUCAUCUUUUUAAGUGGGAGAACUUGCACAAUUAGUGGCUGACUAAAUACUUUUUUGCCCCACUGUAUUAUCAAUGCAAAUCAAAGUGUAUUUAUCAUGUGCGCCGAAUACAACCGGUGUAGACCUUACAGUGAAAUGGUUACUUACAAGCCCUAACCAACAGUGCAAUUUUAAGUAAAUAAUAGGUGAACAAUAGAUAAGUAAAGAACUAAAAACAACAGUAAAAAGACAGUGAAAAAUAACAGUAGCAAGUCCAUGUUAAUGCAUAUUGGCUAUUCUUGAAUUGCCCUGCCAAUCUUGUUCUUCUCAGACCUAUGGGGGGUGUUUCAUGCCAUAAUUAAGCCUCAUGAAGCUACUGAUACCUCUUACAGAGUCACCUAACAUCUUCCUAGCGCCAUAAAAUACUGGCAUGAAUUAACAUGGACUGUCAAAUCGAGACAAGUUUUUUUCUAAAGUGUCAAACUGCUGUUGUGUACACAGCAAGACGUAUGUGUUAGUUUAAGUGUUCGUUUAGUUUAUUAUUAAAGAUCUCACCAUGAACGCCUUAAACAUCUACAUGAACAUGGUUUUGUAAAAAAAAAAUGUAAUUGCCAGAGUAAUCUAAUCAAUUUAAUUUGUCGACUUAGCUAAAAUAGGCAUAUCACUUCAAUACAAAAAUUAUUAGAUUGAUUUGCAGCCAGCCACCAUUACUGUGUAGAUAUGCCUAUUUCUGAAAUCAAUAUGGACACAAGGGCUGCUUUGUUGGAAGAAGCCCUAUUCAGGUCUCCAAUGCCGCAUUCAAAACAACUCCGAGCUCAGUGUGUUCAAGACAACUGGGAACUCUGAAAAAAGGUCAUCCAACUCAGAAUUCCAAUGCAGAAAUUUGGGCAUCUUUCUCUGACCUGAAAAUCACUGAUGUAAUGAUUUGACCAAAUGUUUUUCUCAAAGUUCCCAGUGUACCACACGUUUACCGGUUUAACAGACACAAUCACUAACACCAUGUAAUCCUUAGGCUAUACAUUUCUGUGGAGAUGUCUAAUGGUUAAAAGCAGGGCUUGAAUUGAGGGGGUAUGUGAGGAUAUAGGCCUAACCCUUGUUAUAGAGGCGGGCAAAAAGCAUAUGCUACCCCUUGUUUGCUUGGCCUUGGAAGAAAACAACAGUAAAGUAUAUCUAGGCAAUCUGGGCUAUAACAAUGAUUAACUCCACAAUUAUUUCUGCAUAGUCUACGAGCUUAUUGAAGGUCUUGCUCACAGGAAAAAGUGGUUGUUUUAUUAAAUGCUCCGCAAUUUAGAAUAUUAGUGGCAGGCUAUGCCUACGGCAAAAGACCAAAAAGAUACAAUUGAUAUGGGUCUAUCCAAGUAAAAUAGAGCCAAGCAACCAGCAUAUCAAUUGACGCUUUGGUUCAUUACGUAACCCGGUCAGAAUUUUGCAAGUUCUAGCAACAGCUCUAGCAACGGAAGCUAGAACUUAUCAAAUUCCAUUGUGGCACAGGGGGGUGACACUUUUUGGCUGGGGGACAUUAUUUAGCAUGUCAUGCCAAAUAAUGUCCCCCAGCCAAAAAGUGUCCCCCGCCACAUCUCAAUGGGAUUCAAUAAACUAUUAGCGUCCGUUGCUAUAUCAAUGGUGUGAUGACCUUAUGAUUCUAAUUUUGGAGAUCAUUAUUGCCUAAAUUACGUUCUUUUCAGCGUCGUUCUUUGAGCGUCGUCUCAGAUUAUUGCAUGGUUUGCUUUUUCCGUAAAGUUUUUUUGAAAUCUGACACAGCGGUUGCAUUAAGGAGAGGUAUAUCUAUAUUUCCAAGUCUAACUAUUGUAUUUUCAUCGACAUUUAUAAUGUCUGCAAUAUCACCGGAUGUUUUUGGAACUAGUGAACGUAACGCGCCAAUGUAUACUGAGAUUUUAAAAUAUAAAUAUGAACUUUAUCAAACAAACAUACAUGUAUUGUGUAACAUGAUAUACUAUGAGUGUCAUCUGAUGAAGAUCAUCAAAGGUUAGUGAUUAAUUUAAUCUCUAUUUGUGCUUUUUGUGAUUCCUCUCUUUGGCUGGAAAAAUGGCAGAAUUUUUCUGUGAGUUGGUGGUGACCUAACAUAAUCGUUUGUGGUGCUCUCGCUGUAAAGCCUAUUUGAAAUCGGACACUGUGGUGGGUUUAACAACAGGAUUACGUUUAAAACGGUAUAAGAUACAUGUAUGUUUGAGGAAUUUUAAUUAUGAGAUUUCUCUUGUUUUGAAUUUGGCGCUCUGCACUUUCACUGGGUGUUGUCAUAUCGAUCCCGUUGACGGGAUUGCAGCCCUAAGAAGUUUUAAACAAGUUUUGUGGUUGCAAUAUUGGAGAUAGCUUGGUGAGAUCUGACAUGUUCCCUGAGCCCACUCAGACACUCUUGACACCCAUUCCAAAUGGGAACUACAAAUGAGGCUCAUGCGCACAGUGCAAUAGCACUAUAAAAACAUCCUAGGGGUAUUAUCUCAUGCAAGACCAAGGGAGUAAUCUCUCUCAUCACCUGUUCAUGUGGAAAAGUCUAUGUAGGACAAACAAAAGUACAAUUAAAACACAGCAUAGCUGAACACCGCAGCUCAGUCAGGUGUAAGCAGCUCACUUUGUUGAAGAUAGCCAUCCAAUCUCCUCCCUCAAAUGCAUAGGCAUUGAGCAUGUUGCUCUACCAAGGAGAGGAAACAUUGAGAUCCUACUACUACAAAAGGAGGUGUCAUGACGUUGGCCCGUUGGGUAUAGCAAGCCCCAUCCCCCUUUCCCUGCCUCCCCCGUUCCUCCUUCAACUAGGCUGCUGUGGUCAGAGAGACGUCGUAAAUUCCUGAGAAGACCCUGCCACAUGGCCACAUACUAUAAGAGGCAAAGGAAAUUUUCAUUGAGCAGAAAGGAAUUUCUUCCAACUCACAGAACUUGAGGUACGAACAAAUUUCAUGUUCCGGAGAAAGUAUUAAAAAAAUCGGUGAAGAAUCCAGCUACGAACUGGUCCGUUUGUUACAACUUGGGGAAGCUCAUGGGAGACGGUGUGGCCACAUUACCAUAACGCUGUUUAUAUAAUAGCCUCAGAUAUGAGGUUUACAUCUAAUUGUUGUAUAAGAUGAAUGUAUGAUACUGUUUGUAAAAUUGUGUAAUAUGAUUUUGUACUGUUUAAUGAAGGAAAACUCAAAAAGGGGAUUGGAGUUAACUAAAUCAGAGGACCGCCCCUGAGCCCAGUUUGGGUCAGGCGUCCUGGGACAGCCCUUUUCUGCCAUUCCGAAUAAAACUCAACUUUGAGAAAUUAUCACCAGACCGUUUUUCUCCAUUAGGAGGAGACAAAGGUUGUUGACCAUUGCUGAAUCUUUUAACCAUACCACGUGGUUAAACUCUUAGACUAUCGAUACCGACAGAAUAAGAACAAGUCUUUGAUAUUAAUUACUAGUCUGCAGCUAGGAAUUCGGUAUAAUUGAACGCGAAGAAUGACAUCCGCCGAAAUAUCCAUUCUAUAACGAAACGAAUGAAUGUCACUCUGAACAAUCCACUCUAACCAAGAGGGAGAGAGAUGGACAAUUCUACAAAAGAAACAAACUUUUCACCAGCGAUCAAGACGACACACUGAGCGUAAAUAUAUAUAUUGAUUGCAAUUGUUCCCGAAUGAGUGAGCGUUCAUGUGUAAAGGGUUAGCAUUUCAAUUGUUAUAAUUAUCACUUUGUAGUGACUUCUUAGUUGACCCCCACUCCCCUUUUGUCUAACAAGCCGCCAUGCCAGUUUAGCCCACUAGGGCACAUUCUCCUAUCAUUUCUUGUAACCACAUUUACCUUGUUUGUUUGUUUGUUUAUGCAUUUCUGUGAAUUACUUAGUUAGUAAUAAAUAAAUGAUUUAAGACAAUUGAUGUAUGGAUGACUCAUAGUGAAGACUGGGUUCGUGCAGAUAACCAACAAUUUACGACGUUUGGAAUGAGACUAACGUGAGGUAAAUAAUUCAUUAAUUCGAAGACUAAUUGGUCAGAUAAAAUAUCUGACAAGUUAUUUUAGGAAAUGAUAACUUUGUAAUCUGAAUAUUUUUCCUUGGUGCCCCGACUUCCUAGUAAUUACGGUUACAUGAUUAAUCAGUAAUCGUGUAAUACUAAUUACAGAGAAUCUUUGAUAAAAACUUUAAGUCUUCAGUUAAUGAUAGUAAAGACACGACAGAGGCUUACUGGAUAUCCUAUCUAAAAACAUUGACCCCUAGUGGUCUGAAAUAUUCACAUUGAUCUCAGGCCCUUGUGAAAAAUUCUCUAUUUUUUGAACUUGUCUUUUAAAUUGAUAUAUUCUUUCUACAGCUUAUUAGCGUACACCUAAUAUGUUCCCUCUGUUGAUGAUGCUUACUAUGCAUUAAGGUUGAACCAAAAGAUUACAUGUAACAAAUAUAAAUGAAAUAGGAAACAAGAAAAUAUGUGAAAUUUAAUUAAACAAUAAUGUAUGUUGAUGCUAAUAUUAUGUACAAUAUUUAAUUAUGUUUGCAUAUGAUAACAAUAGCCUAAUAUAUUUAAUAUGCCAUAAACUAUUGUUUUUUUAACAGUUUCACUAAUUCAUCCUAAUUAACUUAAUCAUUACACCCAUCACUAUUGUCAUUGGUUGCACUAAUUGCACUGUUUGUCUACAUAACCUGGUUCAAGUAUUCAUGACACUACCCUGAAGAAGGCACAGUGAUGCUGAAACAUUGGUGAUUUACCCAAUAAAUGACUGGGAGUUUAUAUAUGGAGUGUGCCAUUCUAUUUGCAUAGUUUAUUCCCCGUUAGUCAGCACCUCCACACACAAUCAUUUUUCUGGGUGUGCACCAGCUCCUGUUUUUUUAUUCAGCUAAUAAAAUGAAAACAUUACUUCAAACUACUUUUGGGUACCUUGUUACCGUGACAACAUGAAAUCCAUGUCUUUAACGUUUCUACACACGCAAACACACAGGCAUGUAAAAAUACAGUUACUGAACGAUUUAAUUUAACUGUUUGAUUAGACAUGCAAUAAUGUUUAAUGUGACGACCCUCCCACUCUGUCUGCCGUAUUCUCUCUGUUAUUUCCUUAUUAGGAUGCUGGUGGGCGGAGUUGGGAGGGUCGUCAGCUACAUGGGAAACACCUGGGCCCGGUGUCUCCCAGGAUAAAUACACCACUUCCCCAUUCAUGGAGGAGGCUCUCUCCAUGCAGACACCCUUUGUAGAUUGUGUUGUGGUUCUUGGUGGCCGUUUGUUUGUUUGUUUGUUUGUUUGUUUGUUUGUUUGUUUGUUUGUUUGUUUGUUUGUUUGUUUGUUUGUUUGCUUUGGCACCUUUCAUCACCCUGCAUUAUCACAUUCAUGCAUGCAAAACACUCACUUACACUACUGAUUACACACACCAUUGUAUAUUAUACUUAGUUGCUUUAGUUAAUAAAUACAUAUUUUGCUACUCCUUAUCUCCACGUUGUCUCCCUUUGUUACGGGCUUUGAGCCGGUUCGUGACAAGUGGGGGCUCAUCCGGGAUCUUUGAACUAUUGGUUUGGGAGACCGUGGAGGUACGUGUUUGGUUUGCAUAUUGUGUUUGAUAGGCCCAGUAUUGGUUGCCUUUUGUUGUUUGGUUUGUGUGCUGUGUUGGAGAGACUAUAAUGGUUAGUUUCCAGGCCCUGCCUAGCCUGAACUCUUGUUCUACUUUCUGUUGGGACAUCAGUCUGAGGUGAGUAAUCUGCUGUGUACCUCGGUGGGAGAUUUGGGUAGGGUAGUGGAACUUGCUACCCGGAGCUAUAGCCUUUUUCCCCUGAUAGGUUUAGCGACGUGUUUCAUUUUUUGGAAUAUGUUGGGCAAGGUUAAUGUUUGUUAUUUUUGUGUGGUGUCUGUGGACUGAGCAGUUGUCUCGGGGGCACAUCCGUGGCUUGGUGGAAUUUGCCAGCAUGCUGGGGAGUUCUAUUUCCUUGCCAGCGGGCUACAGUGCGUAAAUUCCCACCGCAAAUCUGCACGAAGACUAGGGUUGAGUUAUUGUCAAUUCUCGGGUUGUGGUCUGGUGUGCUCAGCAGAAGGGAAGAGCGAGAAUUUUUUUUUUUGUGUGAUUAUGGCGUCUUAUGGCGUAGAUAAGUUCAUUCGCUCUCCAUCAGAGGAAUUGUUAGAUUUAGGUACUAAAGAACAGCUGUUGAAGGUCGCGGAACACUACAAGGUUGAGAUUAGUGACAAACGUCUAAAGAAUUCUAUUAGGUUGAUAUUGAAGGCCAAUCUGAUGGAGAGUGGUAUUCUUGAAGUUACCACUGGGCCAGCCUCUGCUGGGGAUUUGUCGUCUCCCCAUAACGUUACAAUGGACAUUCCAUCGGUUAGUCCUAGUAGCCUUCUUUUUGAACAGCAGAAAGAACUGCUUUUGUUACAGCUGGAGCAUGAUCGUGAGAAGAGAGAGCAUGAUCGGCAGCAUGAUCGUGAGAAGCUAGAGCAUGAUCGUGUAAAAUAUGAAAAGGAAUUGGCAUUUAAACAAGAUAUGGAGCGUGCUAAAAUCAAAUUGCAACAAGAACGUAUAGAGUUGGUUAGGGAAGGAAAGAUCUCAGGGGAGAGUUUGUUUUGGGAAGGUGACCCAGAUUUACCUAGGGGUAGUUCCGCUUUUGGUCGUGCCCCAGAGACAUUUGAUAUUGUUGGGAACUUACGGUUAUUGCCUCGGUUUAAUGAAAGGGACCCCGAGACAUUCUUUUCGUUGUUUGAGUGGGUUGCUGACGCUAGGAGUUGGCCUGAUUCUGACCGCACUUUAAUGUUGCAGUGUGUGCUGACUGGUAAAGCGCAGGAAGCAUAUUCAGCUCUUAGUGUACACGACAGUGCCAGUUAUGAUAAAGUUAAAACAGCUGUGUUACAGAUUUAUGAAUUGGUCCCUGAGGCUUACCGCCAACGAUUUAGAACUUUAAAAAGGGAUGAUAACCAGACUCAUGUUGAGUUUGCGCGACAGUUAUCUUUACAGUUUAAUUGCUGGUGUUCCGCCUCUGCAGUUGUGACUUUCCAAGGGCUGUGUGAUCUGAUUAUGUUAGAGCAAUUUAAGGACACAAUUACUGAUCGUAUUGCCACGUAUAUUAAUGAACAGAAAGUAAAGAAUGUUGCUGCAGUUUUGGCGGACGAGUAUGUGUUGACUCACAAAAGUGUCUUUGCAGAACCCCGUAUUCGGAAAGAGUGGGGGCGUUCGGAUAGAUUUGGGCUUCGCUCACCGAGAUACUUUGGUUCUCGGGCAGAGUUCUAUUCAACUAGGGUUGAACCUGACUCCCAUGGUAAAGCUGACUUUGGGCAGGAGUGUCACUACUGUCAAGGUUCAGGGCAUUGGAAAAACGAAUGUCCACUUCUCAGGUCAAAGGGUGCUUACGCUAAAUCUAAGCCUACUGCAUUAGCUGCACCUGUUCCACAUCAGUUCAUUCAUGACUCAUUUCCUCAGGCCCAGGAGAAUGUGAAAGUCCAUAUUGAUCCAGACUAUUUACCUUUCAUUACAGAAGGUUUUGUGUCUAUGUUAGGAAGUAAAGACCUAGUGCCAGUGAAGAUCCUGAGAGACACAGGUGCCUCUGAAUCAUUUGUGUUGGAGUCUGUGUUACCCUUUUCUGCUGAGACUGAUUGGGGGAAUAGUGUUCUAAUUAGGGGAAUAGGUUUGAACACUCUGUCAGUUCCAUUGCAUAAACUGAUGUUGGAUUGUGGGCUGGUGAAGGGUGAAGUUGUUGUGGGUGUGCGUCCUUCGUUGUCUAUUGAGGGUAUCGAUGUUAUCCUUGGGAAUAACUUGGCUGGUGAGCGUGUAUGGCCUGUCGUGUUUCCAUCUCUAGUGGUUUCCACUAAGCCGUCAUUUGUUGGGAUUCCUGAUGAGAGUGUACAGAGUUUCCCAGAGGUGUUCUCUGCGUGUGCAGUGACACGUUCUAUGAGCCGUGGCGAACUGGUCACUGCGCCGACUAAUGAUAAUAAUACAAAGUAUGUCACUGUUUUCCCUGUUAUCCCGUUAUCUGUAACCCGCUCAGAUCUAAUCAAUGCGCAACGGGAUGACCCCACGUUGGAAGAGUUGCGUGAUCAAAUUGUGCCUAUAGAACAGUUGGGAGAUGUCGCCCAUGGCUAUUUUCUCCAAGAGGAUGUCCUGAUGAGAAAGCGGGUGUCUCAUGAUAGUGUUUUUCUGGGGCAGGCAAUUAGUCAGGUUGUUGUACCAGUUAAGCUUCGUGAGUUGGUGUUGGAAACUUCUCACAGCGACGUUGCUGGACAUAUGGGGGUGAGGAAAACCUACAAUCGCAUAUUAAGACAUUUCUUUUGGCCUAGAUUAAAGAGGGAUGUUUCUGAUUUUAUCAAAACUUGUCACACCUGUCAAUUAACUGGUAAGCCUAAUCAAGCUAUUAAACCAGUACCAUUGUUUCCUAUUCCUGUACUCAGCCAACCUUUUGAGUAUCUGAUUAUUGACUGUGUGGGUCCUCUGCCUCGUUCUAAAAAGGGUAGCAGUUACCUGUUCACUGUGAUGUGUCAGACCACUAGGUUUCCUGCUGCCUAUCCUCUCCGAUCUAUCACGACUAAAUCAGUGUUAAAAGCUUUGACUCAGUUUCUCUCAUUGUUUGGAAUCCCUAAGGUCAUUCAGAGUGAUCAAGGAUCUAAUUUUACCUCUAAUCUGUUUGGUCAGGUUCUUCAACAGCUCCAUAUUAAACACAAUUUGUCUUGUGCCUAUCACACGCAAAGUCAAGGAGCACUGGAAUGUUUCCAUCAAACACUUAAGUCUUUGUUGAGAGCUUAUUGUACUGAGAUGGAUAAGGAUUGGGAGGAGGGGUUGCCUUGGUUACUGUUAGCUGCUAGGGAAGUUUCACAGGAGAGCACAGGUUUCAGUCCAAAUGACCUUGUGUUUGGACAUAGGGUGCGUGGACUUUUAUCUGUUCUCCAGGAUGACUGGAAGUCUCCCGAGCCUCCUCAGUCCCUGUUAUCGUAUGUGUGUGAUUUCCGGCGACGGCUGUAUGCCGCUGGUGAAAUGGCUAAAGAGAAGUUAUCAUCUUCACAGGAGAGGAUGAAGGGCAUAUUUGAUUGCCGAACUGAGCCUCGUCACUUUAGUCCAGGUGACCAGGUUCUUGCUCUGCUGCCAAUUGUUGGUUCUCCUUUUCAAGCCAAGUUUCAAGGUCCAUAUACAGUGGUGCGCCAGUACACUGAGCAAAAUUAUCUAGUUGCCACUCCAGAACGGAGGAAAGCACACCAGCUGUGCCAUGUAAAUCUGUUAAAACCCUAUUAUGCACGUUCCUCUGAGACUGAACAGUGGGAUUCUACAGAGGACGGUAAAACCUGUUCUUUUGGCUGAUACCGUUGUUUCCUUGGGUUCUUGUCGUGCUAGAUCUGUGCAUGAGGAGGAAGAUGUUCCUGGUCCUGACGAUUGUAUAUUGCAGGGUAGAUUGAAAAAUUCAGAAACACUGGAUAUUUUAGACAGUCUUCUCACUCACCUACCUGUUGAUGGGCGGAAAGAGAUGGUUGGUCUGAUUCAGAGAUUUCCAGGUUUGUUUUCUGAUACACCUACACGUACAAACUUAAUAGAACAUGAUAUUGACAUUGGAGGUGCUGACCCCAUUCGUCAGCGCUUCUAUAGAGUUUCUUCAGAGAAACUACGUUGUCUGGAUGCUGAGGUCAAGUACAUGCUGGAGAGUAAGAUAGCAGAGCCUUCUUUCUCCAGUUGGGCUUCUCCCUGUAUCUUGGUCAGUAAACCGGAUGGAACAAACCGUUUUUGUACGGACUACCGUAAGGUAAACAGUGUCACAAAGCCAGAUUCAUUUCCUCUUCCUCGGAUGGAGGACUGUGUUGAUCAAGUCGGUGCAGCUAAGUUUGUGAGCAAAUUUGACCUGUUAAAAGGCUAUUGGCAGGUGCCACUGACGAGUAGGGCACGUGAAAUCUCUGCCUUUAUUACACCCUUUGGUCUGUACUCGUAUUCAGUUAUGAGUUUCAGUCUGCGCAAUGCACCUGCCACUUUUCAGCGACUUAUGAACAGGGUUGUCGCCGGUCUGACCGGGUGCGCUGUUUAUUUGGACGAUGUAGUGCUCUAUGCAGAUACUUGGGAAGAACAUCUGUCCCGUAUUCAAGCCUUGUUCGAAUGUCUGGCUGCGGGUCGCCUCACAAUCAAUCUGGCAAAAUGUGAGUUUGCUCAGGCGACCGUUGCAUACCUUGGAAAAAUGGUUGGGCAGGGUGAAGUGCGUCCUGUUCGGGCUAAAGUGGUGGCUAUUGAUGCUUUUCCACCACCAACUACUAAAAAGGAACUGAUGUGUUUCUUGGGCAUGAUUGGUUAUUACCGUAGUUUUUGUAAUAACUUCUCUACUGUGGUCGCUCCCUUGACAGAUAUGCUGAAAGCUAAGGCUGUUUAUGUUUGGUCUACUCGUUGUCAACACGCUUUUGAAGAUGCAAAGAGGUUGCUUACCUCAACUCCAGUGCUGGCUGCUCCUCGCAUGGAUUUGUCAUUUACCUUGCAGGUGGAUGCUAGUCAUGUGGGGGCAGGUGCAGUUUUGCUGCAAGCAGAUGUGUCUGGGAUUGAGAGGCCUGUUAGUUUCUUUUCCAAAAAGUUUAACGAUUAUCAGUUGAACUAUUCGGUUAUUGAAAAGGAAGCGCUAGCACUAAUUUGGGCGCUACAACACUUCGAAGUGUAUGUCGGGUCGGGGGUAGUACCUAUUGUGGUCUACACCGACCAUAACCCCCUCACUUUUUUGAGGUCCAUGAUGUGUCCAAACCAGAGGAUAAUGCGAUGGUGUUUAUUUUUACAAUCAUUCCAUCUCGAUGUGAGGCACAUCCGGGGGACUGAAAACGUGAUUGCUGAUGCGCUCUCUCGUGCGCCCUGUUCCUAAUGUUUACGUGACUGACCAUUGUUUCGUAUUGUCAUGUUCUCUCUGUCCUGUCUGCUCCCUCCUGGUCUUGUUUUCUUCUUUCCUCUUAAAUGUUGCUUCCUGUACGAAGGUCGCUGAGGUCUGGGGAGGAGGUUGGCUGGGGCAAAUUGUAAAUGUGAACACGUAAACCCUCAUCAAUUUGUGGCGCAGAAGCUGUGUCAAUUUGGAACUUAGAGGCUGGUAUUUUGUUCCGGGGUCCUUGUUGGUCCCCGGUUUUAUGGGGGGGGGAUGUGACGACCCUCCCACUCUGUCUGCCGUAUUCUCUCUGUUAUUUCCUUAUUAGGAUGCUGGUGGGCGGAGUUGGGAGGGUCGUCAGCUACAUGGGAAACACCUGGGCCCGGUGUCUCCCAGGAUAAAUACACCACUUCCCCAUUCAUGGAGGAGACUCUCUCCAUGCAGACACCCUUUGUAGAUUGUGUUGUGGUUCUUGGUGGCCGUUUGUUUGUUUGUUUGCUUUGGCACCUUUCAUCACCCUGCAUUAUCACAUUCAUGCAUGGAAAACACUCACUUACACUACUGAUUACUGAUUACACACACCAUUGUAUAUUAUACUUAGUUACUUUAGUUAAUAAAUACAUAUUUUGCUA